AUGGCGACGUUAUACCCGGUCAGUGUAUCUGCGCAGUUCAUCACACCUCCACCGUCCACAUCCAACGAUCUUCACAAUCACAACGACAGUGAUAGUGGAAGCAGUUCUGGAGUGAGUGCUGCCGAUGAAAUGAAGUCUUCCGAAGACGACGCCGUAUCUACGUCAUCGCAACAAUCUCCACCGGAGCACCCAAGCCCUCCUCCUCCAAGCAACUCUCCCCCUGAAUCAAUGGCAUCGCUUCAGGCGGAAUCUCCAAUUGGAGAUGAAGAUACUGAACAUGACGUCGGUGAAUUUUCUCCGCCAUUAUCAAAUGAGGGAACUUCGUCAGCUGCUUCGAUGACCGAGGAACCAAAGGAAUGGAAUGUUGGAAAUGGCUUCCAUACGUUACCGACGGCAAGCAGCAUUCCACCUAACUCAGAAACAGUUUUUCUGCACCUGAUGGACGGAAGACUUGAUCUGAGCGAUCCUAAUGGCGAAGUUGUUGGAAGUAUUGAUGGUCCUGCUACCCUAGUGUACGCUGCAGAGGCUACCAAACUCAGCGGUCCACUACCAAUUGCACUUGGUCCAAAUCAAAAGGUUCAUCAAUACCUCGAUGAAGAAGUACCAAACUCGGGAAAAGAAAACCAAUCCGAAAACUCAAUGAACGAAUCUCAACCUUCUCCACCAGGCCCAUCUAGGGGUGGACAUCAUUCAAACGGACCUAGAAAUGGAAACAUCAGAAACUACAACGGAAACCAACAGAAUUGGAACCAACGGAAUGGAAACCAUCGGAAUGGAAACCAACGAAAUGGUAAUGGACAUGGACAAAAUGGAUAUAGACAGAAUAGUCAUGGACAAAAUGGGGAUGAGCAGAAUGGACAUGGACAGAAUGGAUAUAGACAGAAUGGACAUGGACAGAAUGGAUAUAGACAAAAUGGACAUGGACAAAAUGGUCAUGCACAAAAUGGUCAUGCACAGAAUGGACAUGCACCGAAUGGACGUGUACAGAAUGGAGAUGGACAGAAUGGAGAUGGACAGAAUGUACAUGUACAGAAUGGAGAUGGGCAGAAUGGACAUGGACAGAAUGGCCAUGGACAGAAUGGAUAUAGACAAAAUGGACGUGGAGAAAAUGUUAAUGUGCAAAAUGAACAUGUAAACAACGAGAACGGAUACAGAAACAACAAUCAUAAUGCAGGUGGAAACAGAUUCAAUGGGAACCGAUACAGCAAAAGACAUCGUGGUGAUUUUCAAGGAAGAGUUCGUGUGGAACAUCAAGGAAGAGGUCAAGGUGAAUACCAAGAACGCGCACACAGAGAUCAGGCGUACAGCAAUGUAAACAGUCUGCAAGAAUUUCCAGAACUCUCUGCCAACAAUAGUCAACCAAUGCCAGCUAUGGCUCAUCAAAACGCCGCAUUAAUGAUGAAUCCACAAAAUGAUGUCAAUGCAAAUCAAAUGUUUUACGGACCACCCAUUCCAGUGCCGCAGCAACAUGCUUCUUUACUUGGAGCACCAAACGGUCCAUCAGUAUCCGAUCUGACGCAGGGAGGACUCGGGACAGGAACGUAUAUGCCUGGACCUCCACUUUUAGAUGUUGCACAACAAAGUAUGCUGAUGAAUAUGCCUCUGCAGGAAAUGUCCGUUCCUCCACCUAUGAAUGGACAGAUGAUGAUGAUGACAGCACCAGUCAGUCAAGAUCCAUCAGCACUACACAUGGCACUACCGUCACAUUUGUAUGGAGUCCCACCUCCUGCAUUACCUGGAAUGAUGACCGUACCCGAGGAAUCGCUAAUCAACAAUAACAACUUGUGGAACGAAGAGUUAGAGAAGGAGAAUGAAGCAUUAGACUCGGAAUUACUUCAAUUACUAGCACCACAACAAGCUAAUGCUCUUGCCACAGAGCUCGAGUUCACGUUUCAUCCUUUGAUGUUGACUCCGAAAGUGAAGCAAACGUUCAAUCUGAGCACUUUCGAUAUUCAGUACAAGGCAACAGUCAUGGUGAACAACGGUCAAUUUGACAGAUCCUUCAUAGUGGAAGAACCUACUGUGCUAACAGACGGAAGAUUCCUACAUCGUGAGAAGAAUUUCGCACCCAACACAUCUUAUCAAAUUUACAUGGAAGUAUACAUUCCGACUCGUUCUUAUGUAGGGAAGAGAAGUGAGUAUGGAUUCUUCCGUACUGCUCCAGGACGUCCGGAUCCACCAACACGAGUUCAUGUCUUUAGUCGUGGUCUUCAUUUUGUGACGUUGAGAUGGGAUCUUAUCAAUAACAACGGUGCGAACGUUUACCAAUAUCAAGUGAGCAUUGAUGAGGAUAAACCAGAGGGACGAAUGAUGCAAGCGACCGGACCAGAGGUCACUAUUACCACACUGGAACCACAGACUUGUUACAAAAUCAAAAUCUACUCAAUCAGUGCUAUCGGACAAUCACUCUCUCCAGCUCUGUUCGACGCUUGGACCAAACCUGACCAAAAACCAUUCAUGCCUCAAAAUAUUACAGUCACUGCUCUAUCUCCCCAUUCAAUCCUAGUCACUUGGGAUUCCAACCCAAAUGACACUUUCACAUUGGAAUUGUUUAGUGUUCUUGGAGGAAAGACCAACAUGUUCAGAAUAGACCCCCCUGGAGGAAAUACAAUCAUUGGACAACUAAUGGCAGACUCGGAGUACCAGCUUUGCAUACACGCAAUGAAUAAAUAUGGUCAAAUUCAAACAGAAUUUUUCAACGUUAGGACUCAAAGAAAACCCAAUGCAAACAGAUUGACUCAAAACGGAAACACUGAUGAGCGGAAUAAGUCGGCCUACGUUGAUGAAGCCCCAUCAAAACCAUACUUCCUUCAGUAUGUGAACGAUUGUCCUGAGAUGGCAUGGAAUGAAAUUCUAUCACCAACUCAAGAAUACAGCUUCAUUGUUGAGGGUUCCAUUUCUGACGAAACAGAUAGUUUCGUUCAACUUCAUCGUGGAAAUGUCUUGUCGUAUAUUGUUCUAGACAACACUAUCAAUUACUUGCGUGUUAUCAAAGUGAACAAAAGAGAGAUGCGCAGUCUUCCAUCACCAAUUGCUCCAAUUCCACGCGACAUCACUAUUCAUAGGCCGGAGAGAGUUUCAAAUGUUACUGUAUCUGCCGGACCGAAUGGAAAUGUACUUGUUUGUUGGACAAAAUUAGAUAGAGAGAUCAUGAACAUCCCAACAUCUGCCAAAAUUGUUUAUCAUGUUCAAAGAUGUGAUCUCACAGAAAAUCCAGUAGUGAACGUUGGGGAUGCUGAGCGUUACUCUUUUGAAAAAAUCCCAGGAAACACAAAGCUUGCCGUUCAAGUCCGCGCUUCAGUCACCUUCCGAAAUGAAAUGACUUCAGGGGAUUGGUGUACUCCAGUCCCUUUCACUACUCCAAGAGGACUUCCACCUCCAGUUGGCAAUAUCAAGUUUGACAGCAGAUCGUCCACUCUUUCAUGGAGUUGUGCCGAUCAAUCACAGGACCUUCAGUUCACUGCUACAGUCGUUCACCUUUCAACAAAACGAAAUGUUUUGAAAGUGACCACGAAAUCGAGAAAUGUGGUAUUGGAUAGUGUUCAACCGGGAGAAAAGUAUGCUGUUGACAUUUACUCCUCUACUGCCGUUGGUUGUAACCCACAGAACACUUCUCUGGAAUUCGUUGUUCCAGCAUUGAAGCCAAGCACACCAAUUGAUACUUUUGUGUCACAAAUUCAUACUCAAGGAUUCAAAAUCACCUGGAAAGCGGCUGAUUCAAAUGGAGCACCAAUAACAAGCUACACCGUUCGCGUCUUGCUAAACAGUGAGUUUGUUGUCGAAGACCUUAUUACCAAAAGCCAAGCCGAUGGAACGUACAAAGCGGAAUUCAAAAACCUCAGCGCCAACACUGAAUACUUGGUCACUGUUUCUGCCAAAAAUAAUGUUGGAAUUGGACAAAAAGCAGAGAUCGUUGCCCGAACUCACGCAAAUCCACCAACUGUGCCGGAGAUUUUCUGCGAACCGGAGCCGUUUUCCCUACGAUUCCAAUGGGAAAAGGAUGAAUCAAACCCGAACAUCCAGUAUUUACUCGUUCGUCAGAAUCUUCGUGGACCCCAUGUAACGGUCUAUAGAGGAGAUAAAGCUCUAGUCAGAGUGAAGAGUCUUCAAGAAAGCACAAAAUACUACUUCCGUUUGCAAAUAUCGGACACAGCAACUGGAGCCAGCACUUGGUCGGAUACUUUCUCAUUUUCUACCUCAACGGCACCACCUCCACCUAUCAAGCAAGUUCCAACGACUACCCCUGUUCCUGGAAAGACGUAUUUGUACAAGAUUGAAUGGCUAGAUUGCCUGAUUGAACAAAAACGACAAAACCAGUUCUACAGAUUGCAAACUGCUGAUGCAACCGUGAAGAAAGCCAAGUGGGAGACGGUCUACGAAGGAAAGACUCCGAGUUAUGAAUUGAAAACCGAUCAGUUCCCUGGUGCGAUUCAUGUCAGAGUAUUGGUCGCUCGUCAAGAGUCAGAAGACAACGAGUUGAGAGGAAGUCCAAGCCCUGUAGGAUACAUUGCAAACCUUCCUCCAGAUGUUGACGACGAUGAUGAGGAAGAAGAGUCUGUUGUUCCGUUUUACAGAAACUUCUCACCAACGUCAGUCAUGUCUUUUAUAAUGUAUAUCUUGAUCUUCUGCAUUGUGAUGUGUAUCUCAUGCACAAACAAUGUUCUGACAAGAAUAGCCAGUAGUAUUUGCUUCGAUACAUCAGUCAGUCAUCUUUUCUCACCAGAAGGUCCUGCAUCUCAACCACCUCCAUCAAAUUAA